UUCGCAGCGAGUGAAAGUAAAAGUAAUACAGCAGGCUGCCGUGGAGGUAUAAAGAUCGCUGGCUGACGAUGGUCGUACAAGAACCAUCCCAGCUGGAAGAUGGAUCCUCAUCGAAUCUACACCUCUGUCUGUGCCGUGGUGGUGUGUCUUCUGGGAGCAACGCGUCUCUCCAGCGGUGACAACUGCAAAUGUCCAGCGAUUCCUCCAAAAGAUUUAACUGUACGAAAAGACGGAUGCUUCCAGAUCAACAGUACAUUUCGCUACCAGUGUACUACAGGCUAUACGAGAAAACCUGGAACGUCAGGCCUCAUCAAGUGUCAGGAGAAGAAUGGUGUUAUACAGUGGACCGAAUCUCUAUUCAAGUGUAUAACUGACCCAAACUAUCAGCCACCGCCAACCACCACCACGGCUAACCUGGAAUAUCGGCCACACCCAACGAUUAGCAUGGACAACUGCAAAUGUCCAGCGAUUCCUCCAAAAGAUUUAACUGUACGAAAAGACGGAUGCUUCCAGAUCAACAGUACAUUUCGCUACCAGUGUACUACAGGCUAUACGAGAAAACCCGGAACGUCAGGCCUCAUCAAGUGUCAGGAGAAGAAUGGUGUUUUACAGUGGACCAAAUCUCUAUUCAAGUGUAUAACUGACCCAAACUAUCAUCCACCACCAACCACCACCACGGCCCCACCAGGACCUUCCUCCACACUCCAGAGUGUCAGGACCUCCACCUCUGAGCCUUCAGUAUCUCCCAACACGGAGCGAAGAGCUCUGGGACCUUCCUCCACCCUCCAGAGCGUCAGGACCUCCACCCUCCAGAGCGUCAGAACCUCCACCCUCCAGAGCGUCAGAACCUCCACCCUCCAGAGCGUCAGGACCUCCACCCUCCAGAGCGUCAGGACCUCCACCCUCCAGAGCGUCAGGACCUCCACCCUCCAGAACGUCAGAACCUCCACCUCUGAGCCUUCAGCAUCUGCCAACACGGAGCGAAGAGCUCUGGGAGGAGAACGCAGAACAGUUUGCAUCAGUUUGAUUGGAGUGAUUCUAUUCUUCAUGGUGUGCGGUAUCAUCUUCUUCCUACAUCGACAGAGAAACAAGCCGUUUCCUCCAAGAGACCCAGAGGAACUGGAAGCUAUGAAAUGCUGACUGUGAUGCAGAACGUCAGUCAGAGGAAAAACAGGGUGGAAGGAAGUAACGAUGAGUAACCUGUACUUAAUAUAAAUGUACCCACUGCGACGCCGUCAUCUGGUUUGUGAAAUGUGGUUUUGAAGACUAGUUUGGAAUUUGCCAUCUUUUUUUGUGUGUGUUUAUUUUCUUAUGACAACUUUAACAAAAUGAAUGUUUUGGAUCAAUUUCAUGUAUUUUUCAACAGUUAUGUUUUCAUUGAUUAAUCUGCAGUUACAGUGUGCAUGAAAUUAGAUUUAGGUACAAACACAGGCAGCUUCCCCUUCAGCGUUAUGCUGCAUUUUUUUUUUUUUUUUUUUUACCAUGAGCAAAUAGAAAAACAUUCACCAGGGCCUGGCUUAUGUCCUCCAAUCAGUAGGUCAAAGUUAACAUGGAAAAAUACAGAAGACGACAACAACAGCCUUUUUGUAAAACUAUAUAUAUAUAUAUACUGUAUAGCCUAUAUAUAUAUAUAUAUAUAUAUUUCUUUGAGUUGACAGUUUUCCUGACUUGUGCGUUUUACUGUGGAUGGAUGAAUGGAACUUAAAAAAAAUGCUUUAAAUUAUUUAUCCAUUGAAAAGUAAGCUCGUUUUUCAUGAAUGUAACUUUGCCUUAAAGAUUUUAAGAGUGCACACACAAGAAUUCUUGUGCGCCCCCUGCUGGUUGGGAGCAGCCAUUCUGUGCCCACAAGAUGCUGCAUCAAUUUUUUUUUUUUAUCUUAUAUGAUACCGUUUUGAUUUCUAGGUUUGUUAUUGACCUAAAUCAUCGUAGCUGAGUAAGAUAAAUUGAUAAAUGUUAGAAAGGCAGCAGCAAGUACUCCUCUGUUAGCAUAUGAAGUAACUGGGAUCUUCUGUUUAUAUUAUGCAGAUUGUUGCUUGUUGACCAUUAUAUACCAGAUUAACUGAAGUUAAUAAAUUUAAUACAAAUAUUCAUUUUUAUUUAAUUGAGUCGUUCGUUGUUAUUGUGUGUUUAUUUCAGUCAGCUAGCAGCUAGCUAGUCAAAGAGAUGCUUGCUGUCCGUAACCCUUUAACUCACUUUUGUACAUAUUGAAAGGUUACAGCUACAAACUUUGACACAUUUUAUUAACAUUACAUAUGAACACAAACAUUUCUAUGUUUAUGGUAUUGUGGAAGGUUAACUUCUGCCCUGGUCUCUUCCAGUUUUUAGCAGGAUUUCGUCUAGAAUUGCCCUGUAUUUAGCUCCAUUCAUCUUCUCUCUAACUCAGUUAUGCACCAGUUUGUCACCUAAAAUCCCAAAUAAAACAAUUUGCAGUC